AUGACAACGACACGAAGUACGCAUAAAUGGACACUUGUUUUCGCGCCUUCCUCUGCCCUUCGCCGUCAGGUGGAGUCGAGGCACAACCGCGGCCAAAAGCAAGCUCAGAGACCUAGCUGUUCGUGUCUGGACAGCGUCAGCUUCGGAAUUUGCGGAGACAGAAACGGAUUUGGCGCAUCGCGACGGAUCAUCCCACGGACGGUAUCGCUCACAGUAGCUCGAGUCGCUGGAGCUCGGCUAGCCUUGUCAGACCUACCGAAGCAUUCGCCAGAUCUGACAAAUCUGCAAGCGAAGCACGAGCCCUUGCCCUACGCUGUCUUAGCUCGUCUGCCAAGCAUACGAGUGAUAGCGGCCCGUUCCAUACAGACACGGCAUACAUCCGUGAUCUCACACUCGAACGGAACCGAAUCGUUACCUCCAGCGACGCGUAGAAGGCCGCCCAAAGGCGAGAGAACCUCGACAGGCUCGUCAACAACGGCCUCGAUGAAGGGCCUCAAGAAGAGCUUCCUGUCACGGCAAUCUUCGAAGGACAAAGAUAAUUCUGCAAUCGGGCAAAGCUCACCCAACGCUUCCUCCUCAAGCUUACCCUCCGGCGCUUUUGCGAGCAACGGCAAUACGCAGAACACCGUCAAUCCUGCCAACCUCAACCUAGCAGAUGCAGGCGCUAGUAGUAGUGGCAUGUCCUCUGCCGCCAUGAGUGCGUCCGGGCCCGGUACCAGUACGUCACCAGCGCCAAGCAGGAUAGGCGGAGCAGGCGGUCUCUUUAGCGGUCUCAGCAGCAAAUCGCGCCAGGCUCCUCCGAGCGCGCUGGCCAUUGGGGACGCGCCUUCUGUCGUCGUCAGUCCGGAGACGGCUGUCAUGCCGCAAGAUCCGAUGCCUCAUGCCUCAGCACUGCCACAUCAUCAGAUGACGACACCGCCCAAGUCUGGGCCGAUUGCAAAGCUACGACAAGGCGGCGUACCUUCGCCCACGAGCCAGACGCCGAAAGAUACAAUUCCACUGGCAAAGACGCCGAGGAAGCAGCGCUCCAGUCGAUUCCACGUCACCGAACGUGUCGAGCUAGAACGGUUGCCAGGCUUCAUGGAAGUUCAUCCGCAAGAGCGACAUGAUCUCUUCCUGCAAAAGCUUAGGCAAUGCGCCGUCGUGUUUGACUUCAAUGAUGCUUCGACCGAUCUCGGCGGCAAGCAGAUCAAAGCCCAAGCGCUUCAGGAGCUCCUCGAAUGGAUCACUCAGCAGCGAGGCGUCAUCACCGAAGCUAUCUAUCCAGAGGUCGUUCAUAUGUUUGCAUCGAAUCUGUUCCGUGCUAUUCCGCCGCCGAUCAAUCCAACUGGCGAGGCUUUCGAUCCAGAAGAGGAUGAGCCGGUGCUCGAACUGGCCUGGCCUCAUCUGCAGAUCGUCUACGAGUUCUUCCUACGCUUCAUUGAGAGCCCGGACUUCAACACCAAUAUCGCAAAGCGAUACAUCGAUAUGUCCUUUGUGCUUCAGCUUCUCGAGCUCUUCGAUAGCGAGGAUCCGCGAGAACGGGACUUCCUAAAGACGACCUUGCAUCGGAUUUAUGGCAAAUUCCUCAACCUGCGCGCGUUCAUACGGCGGUCGAUCAAUUAUGUCUUCUUCCAAUUCAUCUACGAUACCGAGCGUCACAAUGGCAUAGCAGAGCUACUCGAGAUACUGGGAUCGAUCAUCAAUGGCUUUGCGCUACCGCUCAAGGACGAACAUAAGACGUUCCUCACGCGGGUCCUGAUACCGCUACACAAGGUCAAAGGCCUCUCUCUCUACCACCCACAGCUAGCCUACUGCGUCGUUCAAUUCCUAGAGAAGGAUUCUGCACUGACCGAAGAAGUCGUACUCGGUCUGCUCAAAUUCUGGCCAAAGGUCAACUCGCAGAAAGAGGUCAUGUAUCUCAACGAGAUCGAAGAGAUACUCGACGUCAUCGAUCCUGCCGAGUUCCAAAAGGUUAUGGUGCCUCUCUUCAAGCAAUUGGCGCGAUGUGUUAGCAGUCAGCAUUUCCAAGUGGCCGAGCGAGCGCUCUAUUUCUGGAAUAACGAGUACAUUGUCAAUUUGAUGGGCGAGAAUAUCCAGACAAUCUUACCCAUCGUCUUCUCGCCGCUCUACACAAAUUCAAAGUCGCACUGGAAUAGGCAAAUACACACGCUCGUCUUCAACGCGCUCAAGCUCUUCAUGGACAUCAACGCGCCACUAUUUGAAGAAUGCACAGAAGAAUACAAGCAAGAGCGAGCCAGGGAGCGACAGAAGAACAAAGCGAGGGAGGAGGCCUGGCAGGCAAUGCGCACGACUGCGCUCUCCAACAAGGGCGACGACGUCCCUAUGCCGCCCAGCCUGUUACUGCCAGUACCUCGUGCGACUUCGCCACCGCUUUCUUCUGGCUCAGACGAUAUGACUGGUUUCGAUCCCAUGCAAUUCGCCGACGGAGUGCCGGCUGAGGAGGAGACUGAUCAGACGCUCGAAGCGACAGACGGCUACGCAGACAAUAUGCAAACCUUCCCGGAGACGGCGAGGCAGCAGAUUGCAGCCGCCAACCCAGCAGGAUCCGGACCUGGACCAGGUCAGCAUGCGAGGAGGAAGAGCAUCAUUCCUAUUGAUCCGGCAGUCCUGCGCGAGCUCGCUUCACAUAAGUCGCUGGACGACGCCGAUCGCACAGGAGCAGGGACGAGCUAGCCUAUCAUAUGAUGCAUGCUCUGUGUUUCUAUUACAGACUUGGUGUGACCUCCCGAGCUGGUAGCAGCGACGCAAAUUAAAAAUUUCUGCUCAGGAGAGCAAGUCGCUGCCCAAUAGGAGCAGAGGGAGGUCGGGCUUCGUAUUGCAAGGUUAUGACUCAG